CGGUGUAUACAUUGCACUUCGACCAUGACCUCCAAGGCAAUUCAAGAUUUUCUAACGAAACAAAUUAUCAUCGAUAAAAAUAUUGUCACAUACCGUUCGCUGAGCCGCCAGCAAUCUCUUCACGUCAACGACGCCAAAAAUGAGCUCCACGCUUUCUUGGAACAAAUGCGCGCUCAACAACAAAAUGUGGCCGCGACCUAUUUGGUGAGCGGGGAAGUAGCUCAGGAACAACAAGGAGGAUCAUUAGACGAGAAUAGGAUGGAUGUGGAUGAGGACGGGGGAGAAUUUCAUGAUGGUGACGAAUAUAUCCCCGAGACGAGGAUCAUGCUGGUUGGAGAGGAUGACCUCUCAGGAACCAAGUCUGAAUUUCAAUCUAUCGAUGCCAUUUACGUUUACGCUUUAUCGCCCUCUCCGAUUCACGAUGUCGACCUUUUGUGCGGACCAAUGGAUGUUGUCAGGAAUCUGGAUGCACAAGGAGGCUCUAAGUUGGCCGAAAUCGUAGGUAAAGUUGUCAUGGAAGGUAUUCAAGAGGUCAAAAUCAACCGUAAAGGAAAGGCACCAGAGCUUCCUCCCCAUCGAUCAAUCACCAGUUCGUCAAAAGAACAAACGAAAGAAAAAACUGAGCCUGUGAAGAAAGAACUUAGCAAAUCCAAACUCACCGGGAAACUCGACUUCAGUAAUGCGAGAUCAAAGUCUAACAAAGAGAAGGAAAAAGAGAAGGAAAAACCGACUGCAGAGGCCAAGAAGAAGCCAGCAGAAGCAAAGGUCAAGAAGGAAGAGACGUUGAACCACUUCGAGUCGGCCUCACAUAAACGAGAAAGAAACGAAAAAGGAAGCACCGAGAAGGUCACUUCAGGAACGAAUCAGAUACAGAACACCACUUCUGAAACCAAGCGUAAAAGACCUGAAAAGUCCGUGAAGAAGAAGGCGAAGGCUAUGUUAUCCGAGUCAGAGGAUGAUGUGACUUCCGAUGUAAACCGAUCGUAUGCUACGACCUCCGAAAGCAAGAACAAGGAAUUCGCGAAGCCCGUCAAGACCAAGGACAAUAUCUCGGAGUCGGGUAACGAAUCUUCGAGCGUGAAAGCUAAUGUCAGGAUCAAGAGACGCACUAUUGUCAGUGACGACGAAGAGGAGGAAGUUCCCGUCGCAAAGAAGAAGUCUCUGAAAAGGGCUCAAAAGGUUGCGAUCCCCGAUUCCGACGAUGAACUGAAGGUUAUGAUGGACGUCGACGAUGAACAGGUCAUACGAGCUUCUCGGCCGACCGCUAGCAAGGCAGGCCAGAACGAAAAAGAAGAAUCGCCUGACCUCAGGCUUGAGGGAGAGAUAAAUAUGGAAGAUGACGUUGCUCCAAUACCCAAGAAACCACGGAAACCUAAGAAGGUCAUUCCGGUUGGGCGUAAUGGGCUCAAGAAGAAGCGAGUAAUGAAAAGUAGAACAACCACUGAUGCGAAAGGUUACAUGGUGACUGAAGACUAUAGCUCGUACGAGUCAGUAGACGGGGAGGAAGCUCAAACAUUAUCACUUCCUCCUAAGGGUAAAAAGAGUGGGAAGACAAAAAAAGAAGCGGAUAAAGACGAUGUCGCAGGCGCUUCAGCGGCGGCUUCGAAGCCUCCUCCAAAGCCUUUAACCAAAUCCUCAUCGACAUCAGGGAAGGCGAAAGGUGACGUCGGAAAAGCAGGUCAACAAAAGGGCAUAUCACACUUCUUUGGAAAAGGAAUUUGAAGGCUAAAGGGUUGCUAGUUCUUUAUCUUAUCUUAUCACCAUCCUUGACUACGUAAUAUAUAUAUUGACUGCCCGA